ACAUUAAAUGAUUGACAGGGUCCUCUACAAAUCGACAUGGAGGUAAUGAACGGUGCAACCAAUCAGAUGUCUAAAGGCGAACUCCUAGUGAAGCAACAUUACCGGGAUGAUAGGAUGCUUAGAUACAGACUGCAUCUUGUGAAAGAAACGGACAGCGAAAGGUGCUAGAAACAUUUGUGGAAUUAAGUGACAAAACAGCCCAGCUAAAGAACGCGAAUUUAUUUCAUCGUUGUACUUACUACUCAAGCAGAAGUGGUGAGUAGACAAGGAGGUACCCUAACGGAACCGGACCUCUUCGCAGGUACUUUUGUGUUACCUCCAGGAAUGUUUGAAGAGGGCACAUAUCAGUAAAUCAACAUAUGCUUCACUGACAGUAAUACUCACAAAACACUGAUGUAAGGCUUUCUGAAGGAAAAAAGAAUGCAGGAUCGAUCAAACCGCCAAGGGCUAGACAGGGGAGUAGGACUUGUUGAUUUAUUUCGCAAUAGUUCCUUUAGUGGAGCGGCCUCCAGCUUGGUAACAACUUUGAUAACUUUCCCAAUCUACAAGACCACCUUCAGGCAACAGCUUCAUGCCUUGGUAAUACGAGAAGCCUUAAAGCAGCUCUACAAAGAAGGACCACUGAAGUUCUACAGAGGUGUUCUACCUCCAAUGUUGGCUAAAACAGUUCAGGGAACAGUAUUAUUUGGCACCUAUGAAACUGCCCUACAUUGGCUGUCAUCUAGAAGUGAUGGUAGAUCACAGUCCAUCCUUCUGUGCUGUAUCUCAGGAUUUUUCUCUGGAACCAUUGAGGCUCUCAUCCUCGCUCCUUUCGAGAGGGUCCAAAAUAUACUGCAGGAUAGCCGCAAGGACUCCAAGUUGCCCAAUGUCCGUAGAAUCCUGCAACAAUUUAAUAGCUGUAGUGGAUAUCAGGUUCUGACUAAUGGCUACUAUAGAGGAUUUCUUCCCACAGUGUUAAGAAAUGGUGUUGGAAGUGCCAUGUUCUUUAGCUCUAAAGAUCCAAUUCGUGACCACUUGACACAAAGAGGCCUAAGUGCACAUGUGUCGUCCUUUGUUUCAGGAAGUGUGAACAGCAUAGUCAUCAGCUUAUUGUUGUACCCAUUAUCUGUUCUGAUUGUCAACAUGCAGUCCCAGGUUGGCGGGGAGGUACGGAACUUAAAGGACUCCAUCACUGCUGUCUGGCGUUCCCGUCAAAGUCGAGUCCAUCUCAUCUACCGAGGAGUUUUGUUGGUCAUUCUUCGAUCUUGUAUAACAUGGGGACUCACAACCACUAUGUAUGAGUCCAUGAAGGGGAAGUCUUUCAAAAGUGAUUAAACCAGAGAAACUGGAUUUAACCAGUGCCACUCAGAUAAUCCAUGGGAGAGCCACAACAGUUGUAGGUUUACAUUGUAUUCAUACUCCUUAUUCAAAGGUUCACGGAUUACUGUUUGCUAAUCUAUUUUUUCUUAGUACUUGAACUGUUUGAUUUUCACUAUGAGGCAUAAGAACAGAAGAACCAAUAUGUCUCUCUGUGGUGUUGAAGUCUCAGGUAUAAUUAAAUAAUAAACAACAUUUCUAUUAUAGCAUUAUUGUAGCCUAAAGUUUAGUAAAUGGAAUUGUGAAGAAUGUUCAUUAAAACAAGGUAUUUUUUCCUUAGGUUUUUUCAAGAUGAUAUCAAUAAACCCCCAAAGCCCAAAUUCAUUACUUGGUGAUGUUAAAGAUGUUACGUUAAGCACUAAAGCAUUAUUUCAUUUGAAAGCUUUAUUGUUUUAAAUACAUGUUUAGCUAAUAUCAAUGAGUUGCCUUCUUUUUAGCUUAUCUGUCAGGUUAACACUAUAACAAGAAUGCUGCUAAUGGUUAUAGGAACCUGAAACCAAGUCAGGACAUUGUCUGACAUGACCCAUGGGCAGGGUAGUCUCAAAGAAAAGUGCAAAGUGGAAGACCACUCAGGGAACCACAUUUUGGGGGACCCACGCAGGAAACAUCCACAAUCCCUUCAAUCCCUUUACAAAUACACAUAAAAAUAUAAAUAUAUGCAUGUUAAAUAUUUUAAUAAAGCAGCACAGAAAACUAUU